GGAUGGCUCAAGUCUAUAUAAAAUGAGACAGGUCCAUGAGGAUCCUUAAUCAACCUGUACUUCCAAAUGAACUGGUCUUCGGUCCUCCUGCCCUAGACAUUAUGACAGCUGAGGACAUACUGCAGAACGUCUCUGAAGUCCCAGCAAUGGCUAACAGCAAGGAAGACCCUGAGUCCACGGUUCGCAAAAAGUGUUGUGCCCCAAACAUAAAAAUGUUCAUUGGAGUGCUCGCUAUGACCUACUUCUCAAAGUCCAUGUCUGGAAGCUACAUGAAAAGCACCAUCACUCAGAUUGAGAGAAGAUUUGAGAUUCCCAGUUCCACUGUUGGCAUAAUUGACUGCAGCUUCGAGAUGGGUAACCUCUUGGUAAUCACAGUGGUGAGCUACUUUGGAGCAAAGUUCCACAGGCCAAAGAUCAUUGGGGCAGGGUCUUUUUUGAUGGCCUUGGGGACCAUGAUUAUGGCAACUCCUCACUUCUUCAUGGGACGAUACAAGUAUGAGAGCAUGGCACAGUCAUCGCAGGAAGGGGUCCUAGGGAACAUGUCCAUUGGAUCUCCAUGCUCCCCGUCCCUUGAGAACACAGUGAAGCAACACAUUCCUGGGUGCGAAAGAGGGGGUGAAGAGGGCUCCCCCAUGUGGAUCAUUGUGCUGCUGGGCAACAUGCUCAGAGGGAUUGGAGAGGCCACCAUCACGCCGCUUGGUGUGUCCUUCAUUGAUGACAAUGCCCGACCAGAGAACGCUGCCUUCUAUAUCGGAUGUCUCCACACCAUCGCUGUGAUUGGCCCGCUCUUUGGUUACAGUCUCGGAUCAUUGUGUGCCCGUCUAUACGUGGACAUUGGAUUUGUGAAUAUGGACAGCUUGACCAUCACCAUGCAGGAUUCGCGGUGGGUGGGUGCCUGGUGGCUCGGCUUCCUUGUGGCAGGCUCCUUCAACCUGCUAACCUCGUUGCCCUAUUGGUUCUUACCCCGGGAACUGCCUGAGGAUGGGACACUAAAGCCCCAGUUGUGCAAUGAUCAGUCCCACCCUUCCAAUCCUCCCAUGCAUCAGCACAAGCCAGGCAUCCUGCAAAUAGCCAAAGAGUUCCUGCCAUCACUGAAGCGCACUUUCACCAACAAGUUGUUCAUGCUCUAUUUAGUGGCCAACGUGUUUAUGUUCAAUGGCUUUGUCAUCAUCAUCACAUACACACCAAAGUACUUUGAGCAGCAGUAUGGGCAAAGUGCAUCCACAGCAAAUUUCCUCAUAGGAAUUACCUGCAUGCCAGCUGUGUCCCUGGGAAUCUUCUUCAGUGGGAUCAUUAUGAAGCGCUUCAAGCUGGAUCUGCUGGGGGCAGCCAAGGUGGGCUUUGUGGCGUCCGUGAGUGGGUUCCUCUGCACGAUGCCUUACUUUCUCCUAAGCUGCAAGAAUGCGAAUGUGGCAGGACUCACCACUCCGUACCUGGGGGAUGAUAACCUAGCAUUCCCUGCAAGCGGAGUACUGUCCUCAUGCAACGCCGCCUGCAGAUGUCCAGAGGACCAGUGGGACCCGGUGUGUGCGCUGAAGGACAUCACUUAUGUUUCUCCCUGCUUCGCUGGCUGCAACAGCACCAAGGGCUUUGGAAAGAACAUGACAUUUCAUGGCUGCAAAUGUGUCUUGAGCGCUGGCGAAAGGGCAGAGGACCCCGCCGUCACUUUGGGCCAGUGUCCUCGGGAGGAGAAGUGCUCCAAAAUGUUCUACAUUUACCUGGGAAUCCAGUCUUUAUCCUUCUUCAUCUUUUCGCUUGGAAGUACCCCCCUCUUUAUCAUUUGUCUCAGGAGUGUGGAACCAGAACUGAAGUCGCUGUCAGUGGGAAUUUGCAUGCUGGUGCUAAGAGUGCUUGGUGGCAUCCCUGCCCCCAUAUAUUUUGGAGCACUUAUUGACUCAACCUGCCUGAAGUGGGGAAGGAGGAAGUGCGGCGGCCGAGGAGCCUGCAGGAUGUACAGCAUCCAAACCUUCAGGUUCCUCUUCCUCGGUAUGAGUUCCAGCUUGAGGCUGAUUGGCUACACAUUCUUAUGGAUGGCCAUCACUCAGAUAAAGAAGAGGAUGGAGCAGCAGAAGAAUGAGCUGCCCAGCAAUGACCUUGAGCUGCAACUGAGCCUCAAAGAGUCUCAGAAACAUAACUCCAACUGCAGUGUGAACACUGAGGACAAAGACACUGCACUGGAAUAGGGAGCCCGGCUGGAAUGGGCACAUCUGGCUGCAGUAGACAUGGAAUGAGCACCUUUUUUGAGAGAAACGAACUUAACUGGAUCAAGGUUAUAUCACUGCAAAAGGCCGCUCUUACUAGUGUAGAGACUAUUGAAUAUUGAGCUGAAUUUUGUAGAUAGACGUGCACUAGGUUAACUUCUCUGGGACGGAUUUUAAAAUAAACUUCCCCUUGUUGGUGUAGGUUCGCUGAUGUACAGUAGAUGAACCCUACUACAUUAAAGAUGUUGUUGGAGCUAUCGCUCUCCAGAGUGGAGGGACCCCACAAAAAAAGACAUAAAUCUGUUACACUCAUGUCCCUUGUGAGAAGCAGCAAGUGCAAGUAACUUCCUUUUAUCCCUCCUUCCAAACUGUUUCAUAAAAUACAGUGGCAUCGUUACAUUUUCACCAGCUGCCCAAAACAUGAUGUCAGACAUAACUAAGGUGAUUUCUGAUCUUUAUGUAACGUUAUGGAGUGGGUAGUGCUUGGCAGCCGAAAAACCUUGAAGCAACGCUACUGCCGCACGCACGCGCAUACACACGCAAGCACAGACACACAACACGUUGCGUUCAGUUAUUUGUGUAUUUUCCAAGCCAUGUAUCUUGGAGAAGGUUGUCAUCUUAUUCACCUGUCUAUUAGAAUAAAUAAAACUAUACAGCUUUA